AUGAUGUUCCCAAGUGACACCGUGUUUGGUGUUUUCCUCGUCUCUCAGCUGUGCAUUGGUGUCCCAGGCAACUUGUUCCUCUUCCUGUUGUACAUGCACACCUUCUCAGUCCAGCGUCAUGUGAAGAGGCUAAUGGAUCCCAUUUUUUCCCACCUCACCUUGGCCAAUACUUUGACAAUCACGUUCACAUUGACACCACAUAUAGCGUCAUCCUUUGGAGUCAGACAAUUUUUGGACGAUGUUGGUUGCAAAACAGUCCUGUAUAUGUACAGAGUGACUCGGGGUGUUUCCAUCUGCACCACCUCUCUCCUGAGUGCCUUUCAAGCCAUCACUGUCAGUCCCAGGAACUCUAAGUGGGCGUGGCUUAAAUUUAAGCUCCAUACACAGAUUUGUCCCUCGUUCCUUUUCUUUUGGAUCAUCAACAUGCUCAUCUACAUCCACACCAUUGAAACCAUAACAGCCACUAGAAAUUUGACUCUGGUUGGUCAUGGCUAUGUUCAUCCAUACUGCCAAACCAGGCAGUUUGGAAACCAAAAUGCAGGGAGAUUUCUAAGUGUCAUCUUGAUUCAUGACCUGGUGUUUGUGUUCCUCAUGAUUGGCACCAGCCUGUAUAUGGUGAAUCUCCUCCAUAGACACCACAGGAGAGCCCAGCACCUCCACAGCUCCCGUGUCUCCUCCCAGACAUCUCCUGAACACAAAGCCACCCGCACAAUCCUCCUGCUUGCAAGUUGCUUUGUGGUCUUUUACUUCUCAAACAACUAUGUGACUCUUUAUUCCUUUUAUGCACACAAGAAAAUCCCAAGAAGCACAGCCUCCCUCUUUCGGUAUCUCAGCAUAGUGAAACACUUCUUGGAACUGAAGAACAUAGACUGA